AUGGUUAAAAAGAGAGGAAAGAAAACGAACAUAAAAAAAGCUGUUGCAGUUAAGCAGUCACCCAUUACGGAGUCUACCACAUCAGAAGUAAUAGCAGCAUCUUUAGUUCACCAAUCAGUUUUUCUGAAGGUUUGCAGACUGUGCGAGGCUAAAGAUGGGCCGUUCCUUAAUAUAUUUGAAGCUGAUAAACUUACUGCGAAAAAAAUUGAUGCCGUCAUGCCUUUCAGGAUUACCGAGAAUGACGAUUUACCACAUAAAAUAUGUUUCCGGUGCUCAGCAAAACUUGAGGAAUUGUAUGAAUUUAUACAGAAGUGUAUCAAAACACAGGACCGCCUUCAAAAUGUACUCGGCAAAAAGAUGACCUCAACAAAAGUGAAACAUAGGGAGUUGUGGGAAGAAAAACUAAACCAAUCAAAUAUAUCCAAUGAUGAUAUAUGUGAUGCUUUAAUAAAGAAGGCCAUGGAAGGUAUUAAAGAUAUACCACUUAAUACAAAACCUGUAGAACAAAAUGAAAAUUUACUAAACAGAACCAUCUCAAAGCCAUCUUCUGGGAUCACCAUCUCAAAGCUAUCUACUGGUAUCAAAAAUGAUAAGAAAAAUAUAAGUUCAGUUAAGAAAGAGACAAAUAUGAAGAGUGAAGAUUCUACAAGUGAUGUUAGCAAAGAACCCUCACAAGAUGUAGCACCAGUAUCAAGAACUUUGAGGUCAUGCAAUGAAACAAAUCAUACUGAGAGUGAAAAAAUAACUCGACCUAGUGACACAAACAAAGUAGAAGUAAAAGUUAAGAUUUCAACAAUUGAUGUAAACAGUGGCGGCAAAAAGACCAAAGCGAAAGAAGUGCCGCAAACAAAUACAUUCAGUUUAAAUGAUACGACACCACAACCGGAAAAGACCUUCAAUAUAAUGGAACACGUUAGUAUGAUCAAGGUUAACGGCGUGGGUGUACUAUUCCAAUGCACAUUGUGCAAUAGAAAUUUCCUCAAGAAACAAGUCGUGAUGGCCCAUGCAUGUGCCAAAAACGGCUCCGCGAAAGUUAUGGGUCCUAAACCGAUUAUUGCUACUGAACCACCGAGAAUACCAACAGUGAAAUAUAUAAACACGAAAACUAAUGAUGUUAAGAAAACUGAAGAGGAAAAUAAAACAGAAAAUAAGACUGGUGCGCUGAGUAACGAUGAUAAACCUGUUGUCAAGAAACCUAGACCUAAAAUUGGUCCCGCCAGUAAAGUACGCCGAUAUAAUGAAGACAAUAUGCCACAACCAGAUAACAAACCCGCGACGACGGACGCCCCACAGGCUGAAACUCCAUCAACAACGCCUCCAGUCGUACAAAUAAAUAGCUUCCCGAGUCUUAACAGUCGCUAUAAACUCAUGGCGGGACCAAAUAAUACCUUUACACUCGUAGAAGACAAAAAUAAUCCCACAGAAAUUCAUCCUGAAGUAGAAAAAUUACCAGAAGUAGGUAAUAAGGCUGUAGAAAAAACAGUGCAACCAGUACAAGCAGAAAAUAGACCGUAUCCGGUGAAACUAUUCAAAACAUUAGCCCACAAUUCAGAGUCAAAGCCAGUUUCAUUCACAACACCGGCCAUGAAGAAGCAAUCAUAUAAAAUUGUACAGACAGGCAAUCCGAGUAAACUUCUCAUAUCAACCAAAUCACAACAAAUAGAGGAAAUUCCUAAGAAGAGAUUAAGAAAAACUAAAAAUGACAAUGAUGAUUCAAAUAAACAACCGUUCUCAGUGACUCUCGAAGACAUAACUCCGGCCAAAGAUACCGGAUUUUUCACAUUCGUGAACGUAGAUCCUCUCCUCCAACCCUCAUAUGUACUGCCAACGGACAACAUCAUCCAAGAAUCUCAAAUUUCUACUUCAACUAAUAUCGCGAAACAGAAUAUCAUGAAGGAUACCGAGUUAAAAUAUUCAUGUAGCAUGUGCAGCGAAGUUUUCUCGAGGGAAAAGAAAUUACUGGCUCACAUAGAGUCCCAUUACAAGAAAAUGGAUGAGGAAGACGAAAUCAGGGCUGAAAAGCCUGGAAGGAAACGACGGAAAUGA